AUGACCGAGGAAUUUGAAUGGCCAGACUGGGUACUGAGUGGUUUGAGGAAUGCUAGUAUUGGGAAUAUCCGUGAUAUCAGCAGCCGUCCCGAUCGUGAAGAUGACGAAGGGCAAUUGAAUCGUGAUCACACGUCGAGCAUUGAGCUUCAGAGGCAGUCACCGUUACGCCUUUCAUCUUCGCCGCGUCCAUGGAGCACCCUAGAGCCUGAGACUGGAUCAAGCCAGACUGAUAUCCCCAAGCCCGAGGAUGCUGGUCUUCCACUUCACGGCGAACUACGUGUGAACCCAGCUGUGUCAAUCCACGAGACACCUGCACCGAAUACCACGGUCAACAGAAAAUUAAAAGGGAUACACCUUUUUAUGAUUACAGUCAAUGCAACACUUGGAACAGGUCUCUAUUGGCGUGGAGGCCAGAUGCUUGAAGUCGGCGGUCCGCUUGUUGUUCCCCUUGCGUUUCUUGUGAUAGGAGUCCUGGCAUGGGCUGUGAUGCAGUGCAUCACGGAGAUGCUGUGCAUCUGGCCGAUACCAGGUGCGCUACCAGUCUAUGUGGGCGAGUUUGUGGACGAAGAGCUUGGAAUUGCCGUUGGAAUUGCAUACUGGUUCAAUUACGCGAUGUCUUUCUCGACCUUACUUCCAGCUUCUGCAGGAGAGCUCCAAUUUUGGAACAGUAUCAACGGAAACAAGGGUAUUCUGGGCGGGGUCAUCUACUUGUGCAUUCCCCUUGCCCUAGUACUCAUCAACAUGUUAAAGGUCGAGUAUUUUGGCACUUUCGAACUAUUCACUGGUAGCAUGAAGAUGCUUUUCUUGGCGAUAAUCAUCGCAUUCCUCAUUGCAAUUAAUCGAUCAGCUGGGUUCGGAGGAGACGAGCCAAUUGGCACUCGCUACUGGGCUAAUCCAAUAACCUUCGACACAAAAGCGACUCAUAAUUGGGGCAUUGCAUUCCUGGUCUGCAUAUCGAUAGCUACGUUCGCCUAUGUCGGGAUUGAAGUGGUCGCAGCAUCUGCUCUUGAAGCAAAACCAGCGAAGCCACGACAUGACCCUAUAAAAGAGACCGGGCCAGGGGCCACCUGUCCGCCAAAGGCAGCCGGCAUCGACAGAACUAUCAAAUUCUCUGCCAUCUUCAUGUCUGUGAUUAUUGCGGCCGCCUAUACUAUCACUGGGUUUCUCAGCACACUAGACAUACCUCGAUCCCACUGCGGUCUUCCCACUCUGAGCUGGCUGUCGGCGGAUGAUAGCCUGCAAGCAAAUUGCGCAUUUUCUGGAAGCAAUGCAGCACUGGUCAUCAUCGCCGCAGAGUCCAAUAUCCCUCACUUGCCAGAUAUCUUUAAUUGCUUCUUGGUUUUCACGUGCCUGACAGCUGCCAAUACGAAUUUGUACAUUGCGUCGCGUGCUCUUUUCGGUUUGGCGAGUAGGUUAGAGGGGGACAAGAACCUGCGCUGGCACUUACGGAUCUGUGCGUGGUUUGGCAAAACUAACGAUCACCGAGUUCCUUUACGGGCUCUGCUUUUCUCUGCGCUUGUCUUCUGGUGGAUACCUUAUUUGCAUUUGAUCGGGGGUGUUGAAGACUCGGAUAACGUGAAUCGGUUCGUGGAAGUUCUGAGUCAAAUCACUUCCGUUGGGACAUUAAUCGUCUGGGCUUGCGAAUGUCUUGCUUUCAUCCGUUUUUAUAAAUGCAUCGAUGAGCACAGAGAGUAUCUCAUCGAAGAAAAUGUGUCCUACGUGCAAAGAUGGAAUACGGCAGAUGCACAGAAAUAUUGGGAGUACCCGUAUCGCAGUCAUGCACAGCCCUUUCUGGCAUAUGUGGCCUUUGUCGGAUGCAUUUUUAUUCUGAUCGUCGCUAAUGGUGCGGCAUUAUGGAAUGGGUUUCAUCUGUUACCAUUUCUUUCCUCCUAUCUUCCGGUAGGUGGCAUGGUACAUGCACAUUACCAUAUUACCCAGUAG